GAGACGAGGAAGUCCCGGAAGGGGAAGAAGCCACAGCGCCAGGAGCACGGGACACGCAGGGCCGGCUGGUGCCCUACACCGGCUUCCCCGAGCAAAAGCCCGUCGUGCUCCCCAGGGAAGUGAUCAUGGUUCGGUGCUCACCGAGGGACGGGGCUGGGAAUAGGAAACAUGAGGUUCUAGGGAUAAGGGUGGGACGGUUGGGGAUAUCCAGCUCCUGGGCCGCAUGCACAACGCUCACCUGCCUCCCGGGGCUCGUUCGCUCCCGGCUUCUCCGCCGCCACCGGCUUCGCACCUCGCGCCUCUCGCGAGAAGAGGAGGCUGCCGGAGCGCGGGCAGGGCGGAAGUGCCCUCACCGAGCUCCUGGGGCUGUAUGCCGCGUGACAGUCGGCAGCGUGCCCGCUUCCAAGAUGGCGGCGGCGGCGGCGGCGAUCUCCGGCGCGCUCGGACGGGCGGGCUGGAGGCUCCUGCAGCUACGGUGCCUGCCGGUGUCCCGUUGCCAAUCAGCCGUGGUGUCACGUGCCUUCCAUGCUUCAGCCAUGCAGCUAAAGACUACAGAUGAGCAGAAACAACAACCUCCUCCAUCUUUUUCGCAGCAACAUUCUGAGACACACGAGGCAGAAGAACCCAAUCCAGAAUCUUCUCGUUCCCCUCCCAGGUACACAGAUCAGGGCGGUGAGGAGGAGGAGGACCAUGAGAGCGAGGAGCAGUUGCAGCACCGCAUCCUGACGGCAGCCCUGGACUUCGUACCUGCACACGGGUGGACAGCAGAGGCCAUCGCAGAAGGAGCCCAGUCCCUAGGUCUGUCCAGUGCGGCAGCCAGCAUGUUUGGGAAUGACGGCAGUGAGCUGAUCCUGCAUUUUGUGACCCAGUGCAAUGCUAAGCUCGCUCGUGUGCUGGAAGAGGAGCAGAAGCUGGUACAGCUGGGCCAGGCAGAGAAGAGGAAGACAGACCAGUUCCUGAGGGACGCAGUGGAAACCAGACUGAGAAUGCUGAUCCCGUACAUUGAGCACUGGCCCCGGGCCCUCAGCAUCCUCAUGCUUCCUCACAACAUCCCGUCCAGCCUCAGCCUGCUCACCAGUAUGGUGGAUGACAUGUGGCACUACGCUGGGGACCAGUCCACUGACUUUAACUGGUAUACCCGGCGAGCUGUGCUGGCUGGCAUCUAUAACACGACAGAGCUGGUGAUGAUGCAGGACUCCUCCCCAGACUUUGAGGACACUUGGCGCUUCUUGGAUAACCGGAUUAAUGACGCAAUGAACAUGGGCCACACCGCCAAGCAGGUAAAGUCCACUGGAGAGGCACUGGUGCAGGGACUCAUGGGUGCAGCAGUGACGCUCAAGAACUUGACAGGUCUAAACCAGCGCCGGUGAGCAUCACGGGGUGUGAGCUAGAGUGCCCAGAA